AUGGAAAACCUCCAUGAAAAGCCUUUACGAAACAUACUCAUCCGAUUACCCGCGAAACAGCUUGCUCAAAUGAGAUGCGUUUCUAAACGCUUCAAUGCUUUCCUAUCUCGUCCUGCCUUUGUUAGAUCGCAUCUCAAUCAUUCAGUCCACAAUAACGAUGAAAUUCUCCUCAUCUUUCACCAAGUAUUUUCUUUUCACGAAAAACCAUUCACUGCACACGCCUCUCAUUCUCCUCAUAUCGAGCUCACUAGCCUUAUUAAACUCCCCGUGAUCCCCUCUUCCGAACAUACCCUUUGUAAUGUUAUUGGAUCUGUCAACGGCUUAAUAUGCUUUUCUAGUCACAAAUCGGAAUAUGACUUGUGGGGUGUCAUUUAUAUUUGGAACCCUUCUUUAUCCGCUUUAGUAGAGCUACCUCCGUAUAUCAUGCCUUCCCCAGAUCAUGGUGAAAUUGAUAUACUUUUUCGUUUUGGGUACGAUCCUAAAACAAAUGAUUACAAAAUUGUCAAGCUUGCAAGCGUCUCAUCCUCCCAAGAUACCCGUUCUUGUGUUGCUGAUUAUUGGUUUCAAGUCGAGGUCUAUAGCAUGAGAAAAGGUUCAUGGAAAUUAAUCAAUCAAAGGUUGCCAUCAAUAAUAUCAAGGAUCUUUGAUCCAGACGAAGUUUGUGUGGAUGGGCAUAAUGGUUAUAUUCAUUGGCUUGGCUAUAUUGAUGAGGAAAUGAGCCAACAAAAAAUAGUUGCAUUUGAUUUGAAUGCCGAAGCUUUCACUUUGUUACCGUUGCCAUAUUCUAUCGUACAUGAUGAUAUGUUUUCACGGAUAAAUAUUCUUGGAGUUAUGGCUGGAAAUAUUUGUAUCAUUUCACGCAAUAUAGACAAUGAAGGUGAAUACGAGAUUUGGGUGAUGACGACGACUAAGUAUGGGGGGGUUAAAUCCUGGGUGAAAAACGAUAUAUUUUCAGAUUUCAAGUUUUAUGGUGAAGUGGAACCAUUUGGAUUUACAUUGAAUAAUGAGUUACUCUUUGAACCUCAUCAUAGUUAUCUAGCUUUAUAUGAUUCAAUCGGAGCUAAGGUUAAAUCUUUUAAAUUUAAUACCAAUUCUACCGUACGUGGUAUGCUCAAAGUUGUUCAGUACGUUGACAGUCUUGUUUGGGUAGCACCCGCCGAUCAAUGGAAAGCCUCUAGCAGCAGAUUUGCUUCGUUGCGAAUUGGAAAAUGA